UAUAUAUCAUUAUACUUUCCUGCGUUUGAAUACCCUCUUCUCUCCCCAAUUCAAUAAUACAGUGAAAACUUUCAUAAUACUUAAAAGACCCAUGAAGACUCAGAUGUCUUCAUAGCUUAGAUUCCUGUUGAGCAAGACAGACAACGCGCAGCCAACUCAUACAACGUCUCCUCUCCUCGUUACGUUUCUACGAUGCACCAACAAUCCUCCAGUUAUCCUACAACGCCCCAGAGCUGCACUCAAACGGACUCAACCUCCCUUCAAUCUUCGUUAGCCACUGGCCUUGGUCUACUGAAUUGUUCUAUUCCACCGACCGGAUCCUCGGUGUCCAUCUGCUCGCCAUCCCAAUCCAUGCUUCAAGUCGCCCAAGGAUGGCACGGAGAGCCAAGUGCUGGCCACUGCUUUCCGAACACCUCUUCUAGCAUGGUUACCUAUCCCAUACUAUCAGUAUACGACAGCCUACAGGUUGUGCCUAAUGCAUCAAUUUCCUCCUUUGGUGUUCCAAGUACACAUGUUGAUACUUCUUCGGCUGGUUUCCUAAGUCCUGUUCCCUUGAUGAAAGUCGAAAGCAGCUCAACUAUCCAGUCCAACAUCUAUGCACCUGACAUGUCGUCGAACUAUGGGGUGUCCCCAAGCCCGACUCAAUCCCCACAGAUCCUUAAUGAGGGUAUGAGUGAUGGCUGGGAGAUAAUAGCAAACGACAACGCCGCAAAGCAAGCCUUCUUGAGCAUGGAAGACCUUCCCUUAUUUCAUCAACAGAUUGGUUCUCCUGCCCCUGCAAGACAACUUCGUGAAAUAAACACCCCAGUUCUUACCUCAACUCCCAUUCACAGCCAGAGAAAGCCUCGUCGUUCCCCCCUGCGAACCUCGGACUGUAACAAGGUGGUAGGCAAACGAACUUCUGAACUUGACCUGUCAUCUCCUGAUAUGAAAAUUCCCCCAAAGAAAAAGAGAUCACUAGAUAAUGGGAAUGGGAAAUACGAAUGCGAACAGUGUGGAAGGCAGUUUACACGGAAUUCAAACUGCAGAUCACACAUGAAGAUACAUGACCCCAACCGAAGAUACCCUCAUAAAUGCACGAUCGGUCAGUGUAGCAACAAGUUCAGCCGCAAGACUGAUCUUAUCCGGCAUAUUGAUAGUGUGCAUAAGAAAUUAAAACGGUUUGGCUGCGACCAGUGCGGGCAUCGCUUUGCUCGACAGGAUACGUUGCGACGACAUCGAGAGGACGGGUGUCGAAGACAACAACAGCACCGUCAAGCACUUCUGGAAAGACAACAACAAGAACAGUUGCAGCACCACCAUCAUCACCGCCAGCCAGCCUCUGUAACUGCCCAAUUGCGCCAUCUGGCUGGAUGCAGUCAAGCCUACCCGAUUGUCUCUAUUCCCUAUCACGAAUCAGUUGCAGCAUACACGACCCACCCCCAACUACACGCAGGGCUUGUCAGACCAUAUUUGAACCCCAGCAAUGAAACCUUCCACGAGUACAUAUGA